UUGGAAUUCAGAUGACCUCAUCGGCAGCUUCAAUGCCAUAUAAGGUACUUAAUAUUACUCAUCAAUAUGCAGCAUGCUACAGUUGAGGGCUGAUGGGUUGCUAAUUUAUUUGUUUAGAUCCUUUGCAUCAACGGUAGAAUGUUUGUAAUUGUUUUUCCGAGAAAGCAAAACUUAAAUCUCUCAAAAUCUUUACCCCCACUCGUGGUGUUGUUACAUUGCAGAAAUGCAAAUCAAAGGCAGUAUAGCAAGUGAAUGUAAAAGUAGUUUGCUGUGACCUUAAGGGUCUUCUAUUUGGAUUAAAUUAAUCAUCUAUUUUCCUCAAAGUGCCCACAUCGAUUGAUAAGGCUCAUAUUAAAGGGAAACUAUUGCUAAACAAACUAUUAUUCCUGAGCUAGGAAGCAUUCAAUGUCUCUUUUUAGAAGAUGAGAAAAAUAUAAUAUCGUGGUUUUCUUGGUUGACAUCACUUCACCCUGAACGAACUGAAUUUAAAGCUGCAGGGCAAUUUAGGGAAAUUCAUUUUUACUAAAAGUAAGUACUUUAGUUUAAGAUGCACAUUUUUCAAAAGCUUUCUGUUCUUUAAUUUAAUAUAUUGUUUAAUGCAGCUCUUAUUUUAAACGACCCAAGAGAAUAACAUAGAUUUAUUAUUAGAUUAUUUAUCUAUAAUUCAUCCAGUUCAAUUUGAAAACGGACAAUAAAUAUUGUUUGGAUAUUAUUCAAUUUAACUUUAUUUAUUUGAUUUGACUUAUUGACUACACACAGACGUUCAUACAACUGUUGGCUAAUUCAAUGUAUAUGGGACUAAAUCAUAGCACAAGUUAGACAUUAUUGUGAUGUUCCAGACCUUUGCAUGAGGAACUUCUCUCUAAAUGGACCUCGUUGAAUUUUAAUUGAAUACCCCUGUUGUAGAGGAUGGCAUCAAGGGCCUAUUUCUUUUUUUUUUUUUUUUUCAUUAGUUUGACUGUUUAUUUCCAAGCAAAUCUUAAAAAGUAAAAGAUCUAUAAAACUGUUCUUCUCAUAUGAGCUCUAGCUCAGUCCAGACCUGUAGUUUAGGUAACAAACUCAAUUCUAAUUCCAGACUUCUGUCUCUGCAACUAAACUGUUUGAUUAUUUGACAUUUAAAGUGAUACAGUAUUGUUUAAUUUAUUGUUGUGUUGUGUGAAUAUAAAAUCAAAUCAUGACCAACUGAAGAGCAUUCGGUAACCCUCUUAUUUCACCACGAGUCUGUCUGACAGCAUCACAUGCAGCACAUUGUGUGUAAGCCGGUUUUUCGCUCUUCAUUGCAGCUUAUGUGAGGUUAUUUUUUCCAGGGAGGUGAAUCUAUAGCGGAUGAGAAUGAUCUGAUGAUGGCUGAGGAAGGAGCGUGUGAAUGUGAUAUACAGGAUCUAAUAGAACAUUAUGGUUCUGUACACGAUGCCCUUUCUCUUUCUCAGAACUGUGUUGUGUUGUGUUUUUCUGUGGUUUGGUCUUUCCUGUUCUGUUCCUCAUCAGUGAUGUGACGCUCAGCUGCCUUUUCUGACUCCACGGUGGUUCUGCUGCAGAGGAUGAAUAAAGUGUAUUGUUCUCUGUGUGGAGGUUGGAUCAGGCUGUUUUACUCAAUUAUACUUCUGAAACGUGUCUCUAUUGUCUCUGACCAUCUCUGUACAGUUUAUCAUCAAACACUGAGUGCUUCAGCAACAGUACUUCUUGCUUGAAUGUCUGCCCUUCAACAUAAAAGCACAUCAAUUUACCUUUUAACCAGUCUGGAAGUUAAUGUGAACUGUAAAGGCUGCACUUAAUAUGCUGAUGAUUAUCCAGCCACAGCAGUUUCUAAAUUAAACAUUUUACAAUGCAUAUAUUUGUUCAUGAACAAAUUUAAUGUACAAACACUGCUGCUAUGGUGUGUUAUUAAACAACCUUGCAAACUUGUUUUGAUUUGAUUACUGUAGGAAUGUAGGAUACUCCUAGUUUAAUUCACCCGUAACAACAUUUUCAAUAGUGUCAUUUUGGACAAAAAGAUUAAAAAUUAAGAUCUAGGACUGUAAUAAGUAUUAUUGCAUUAACCUUUUAUCUAUUAAAUAAAGCGUAUUAUUUGUCUGGAUUAUAUUAUCUACUCUUUUAGACUGGAGAGAGCAAUCUCAGUUUUACAAGAUAUCUAUGAAGGACUGGAGGGACCAUGGACUUGAAUAGUCAUUUAGAAAAGGAGCUUAUUUUAUCCUACUGACUUACUAUUUCUUUACUUUAUUUUUGUGCUAUUUUCUUGGCGUUACUGGCUUCAUAGAAGAAUAGCAGGGAUUUCUUCACCUCCCUCCAAGGUGCAUGGAGGGGAAACAACAACAAUAAAGUUGUUUAUCCUACAAGUGUUGCUGGAGUUUUGAUCUCCUCUUAUUGGUUUUGUGGCAACUUGCAACUUAAUUCAGAACUUAAUUAAAUAGGUUGCAGCCUGUUUAACCUGUGUUAACUGUCAAAAGGAGCAAAGCACUUGCUACAAACUGAUUAUAUUGCAGCCAAUUCUGCUGUAUGGGAGGAUUUGAAAGAAUUUGUUGUGGUGCUGCUUUUAUUCUGAAGGGGUUUGGUCGGAAGUAUCUCUAGUUGUGCUCCUGCUGGCUACUAACGGCUGAACCCAGAGGGCGUGACUGACAGUCACUUUAUCCAAUCACGACGCGGCUUCGUAGCUGUCUGUCCAAACAGAUGUCAGCAUGUCUGUGUGCCGCUCCCUGUUAGCUUAGUCCGCCGAACGGAAACAAAACGACAGUUUUUCUGCUGCAGUUACAGCUAAAAUACAAACUCCAGCUGUGGCGAAUCUUUGUAAAAAAAAGUCUAACCGAGUGGGGAGGUAACGGUUAGUGUUCUCUCGGGUGCGUUUACUCUGACUGAAAAGGUCUCGUCUCCUGUUCCGGACUGUGGGAGUAAACAUUAGCUAUUAGUCCUCCGCCAAAGGUAUUUGUUCCUGUGGUUUAAAGAAGAUAAAAUAGAGCGGCUCUGAUAAGAUGGCGGACUGUGUCUCUAAAGUGGAGCUGAGUAUCUCCUGUACUGACCUGCUGGAUAAAGAUGUCGGUUCAAAGUCGGAUCCUUUGUGUGUGCUGCUGCAGAGCUCAGGAAAGGACAGCUGGACCGAGCUGGCUCGUACCGAGCGUUUGAAGAACAGCUCCAGUCCGUCCUUCAGUCAGCGUCUCAGAGUGGAUUAUCACUUUGAGUCGGUGCAGAAUCUGAAGCUGGGGGUCUACGAUAUCGACAAUAAAAGCUCUGAUCUCGGCGAUGAUGACUACCUGGGAGGGGUGGAGCUAACACUGGGACAGAUAGUUGCCAGUAAAACCUUGACCAGACCUCUGCAGCUGAAGAAAGGCAAACCUGCAGGGAAAGGAAGCAUCACUAUCACAGCAGAGGAGAUAAAGGACAACAGAGCCAUUCAGUUGGAGUUUGAGGCUAAAAAUCUGGACAAAAAGGAUACGUUUGGGAAGUCUGAUCCGUUCCUGGAGUUUUUUAAACAAGGAGAUGAUGGAAAGUGGCAGCUGGUCCACAGAACAGAGGUGGUGAAGAACAAUCUGAGUCCCACCUGGAAGAAGUUCUCUGUUCCCAUGCAGACGUUCUGCUCCAGCGACCUCGACAGACCGCUGAAGGUGGAUUGCUCUGAUUACGACAGUGAUGGAACUCACGAUCUGAUUGGUUCUUUCACCACUAAAGUGUCCGAGCUGCAGAAAGCUGGAAGUGGUUCACCGGUGACGUUUGACUGCAUCCACUCCGAGAAACAGAAGAAGAAGAAGAGCUACAAGAACUCUGGAGUCGUCACUGUGAAGAGCUGCAAGAUGUUGACCCAGUACUCCUUCCUGGACUAUGUGAUGGGCGGCUGCCAGAUCAACUUCACCGUGGGGAUCGACUUCACCGGCUCUAAUGGAGACCCUCGCUCGCCCAACUCUCUCCACUACAUGAGUCCAGAAGGGUUGAACCAGUACCUGUCUGCUCUGUGGUCUGUGGGUCACGUGGUCCAGGACUACGACACGUUAGUACACACUCGUUCUAAACACUAGCCGUCUUACAUCCUUAAUGUACAACAUUAAUAUGUACACUAAAUCCUGAACUCUACAUCCUCUUCACUACAUUCUUCACCCUACAACCUAAACCAUACAUGCUAAACUCUUAACACUUUUUCCUACAACCUAAACCCUCCAUUCUACACCCGGGACCUAAACACUACACCCUAAACUAUACACACUACACCCUAAACUAUA